AUGGCAGCCCGCCUGUGCCGGGGCUGGCUGCUCUCACUGCUCCCUGCUGUCCUGCUCAGCCUCCACAGCCCGCUGUCGGCACCUGAGCCGGUGACAUCCCAAGACGCUGCGCUGCUGGCAGGGGUGCCCGAGGACAUCCUCUGCUUCUCCCGCUCCUUCGAGGACCUCACCUGCUUCUGGGAUGAGGAGGAGGAGGCAGCAGCAAGCAGGACGUGCCACUUCUACUACUGGGACGUACCCACGGUGUGCACGGUCUCCACGUGGCGCCACGGGGCCGGCAGGACGUGGCAUGUCUGCGUCUUCCCCAGCCAGGACGUGAGGCUCUUCACCCAGCUCCACCUCCGCGUCCUGGACGCCACCACCAACCAGACCAAGUACUGGCGGGAGCUCAGCGUGGACGCAGUGGGUCUCGUUGCCCCCCCAGUGAACAUCACAGCCCGCUGGGCCGGGGCUGCGGGGCAGCUCUGCGUGUCAUGGCAGCCACCGCUCACUGACUACCUGAACUUCUUCCUCUACGAGGUGCGGUGCUGCCCCGCCAGCUCCUCAGAGACACCCUGCAGAGACAUCGGGCUGCACUGCAGCACCCCUGACCUGCAGCACGUGCACUGCGAGUGGAGCUGGGACCCCGCAGAGCCCCGCAGCUCCCACCAGCUCUUCUACCGGGCGCCUCCGAGCGGGCCUGGCACAAGGGAAGACGCAUGGCAGCGGUGCGAGGAGGCAAGUGUGGGGGUGCAGGGCACCCACACCUGCACCUUCCAGCCCAGGACUGGCAGCGCCAUCUCUGUCCUGGUGAAUGUCACCCGGCCCCACGCGCCACCCACACUCAGCUACUUCAAGGAACCCUUCUGGCUGCACCAGGCUGUGCUCACAGAUGCCCCGCAGCUUGUGCAGGCGACGGUAUCGCAGGGCCGGCUGAGCCUGCAGUGGCUGCCACCCCUGGAGGCACUUGCGGGGGAGCUGAGCCCUGCCCACCUCUGCUGCCAGCACAUGGCCCGUGUGAGGCUCAGCUCUGCCUUGCAGGUCCUGCAGGUCCCACGGGCGGCCAGGAAAGAAGUCCUGGACCUACGGCCAGGUGCCCGCUACCAGGCCCAGGUGCGGGCCCAGCCCAGUGGCCCAUGGUACCAGGGCAGCUGGAGCGCCUGGUCCAAACCUGUCAUGGUUGACGCCAUGGCCGAUGCGGGUAAGGGACAGGGCAGGAGCGGAGGCUGCAGCCAGAGGAGCCACACGGAAGAGGGUGACAGGGCUUCCCAGCAUUCCUCCUCCAAUGCAGGCUGGAUCAUCCCGAGCGUUACGGUGGUGCCGCUGCUCUUCACAGGAGUGCUCCUGGGGCUGCGGUGCACCUUCCCCUCCCUCUACAGCAACGUGAAGCAGAAGCUCUGGCCCCCCAUCCCUGACCUGCACCGCGCACUGGGCAGCUUCCUCCACGAGAGCAGCAAGCACGCCCAGGCCAACACCUUCUACAAGCAGCCGCCGGAGGAGGCCACCCAAGGAGUUGUCUCCUGGCAGACCCUAACCAGAGCUUAG